AUGUACGGUUCUGUUGCGCCGGCGCAGCUCCGACCGGUCAGUGCAUUGUCGUGCGCCGCCGUGACCGCUCGCCGCCACAGCAUGGCCUCUGCGCUGUUCGCGCUCAUCGCGCUUCUCGCCUGCGUGUGCACAGAUUCAUAUGAAUAUCGAAAAAAAGACUCAGCGUCCAAGGAUAAAUAUAGUAGCAGUAACGCCAGAAACUUUGAUCAAGCCAGUCUACUGUCAGGGUGCCUUUACGAGGGCCGGUGGCACUCUAGCGGUGCUGUAGUAGAGACGCGUGAGAAGUGCUUGCAUUGCGUGUGUGUGCGUAGCGCGCUGUCGUGUCGGCGGCAAGCAUGCGCACCGCUCAUAGACCCGACGCCGAAACGCUGCCAUAUCAGACACCGACGGGAAGCGUGCUGUCCAGAACUCGUUUGUCCAGAUGGAGUUGUUAACAUGGAAAAAAGUACAAAGACACGCUUUGAGCGUGACGAUUUCGAAGACGCGAUUCCUGUUACUGUUGGGCUGGCAUGCGUGGAGGGAGGCACUAUCUACGCAGCAGGAUCAGCCAUGUCAUCAAAUGUAGCUUGCGAGCAGUGUUUCUGUCUUAAGGGGUCCAAGAAGUGCGUCAGGCCAAAUUGUUUGCCGCCACCGCCUCACUGUGUGCCCAGGCCAACACCUGGAGCCUGUUGUCCUCAAAGAUACUACUGUGAAUACGACAGUGAUGUGGUUGAGGGGCACACGUAUGAUUGCGAAGUAGAAGGUAAACGAAUCCAGGAAGGAGAGCGCGUUUUCUCUGGAUUGGACUGCACGGCGUGCUUCUGCCUCAAAGGCACAGUCCAGUGUCAGGAGAUGGGGUGUGCUCCGCCUCUUCAUGGAUGUCAACCGAUAUUGACGCCCGGCGACUGUUGCGCACACCAAUACAAGUGUGACCAUAAUCCCCUGUACAGAGGACAAAUGUAUCAUCACCGACCAAUUAGUUACAACUAUAUAACGGCGUCUAGAAAUGACGAUCGUUCAUUACACAUUCAAAAAUGGUCCAAAUCAAGUGAAACUAAUACUGAAAAAAUAUUCCCAAAUUUAUAUAAGUCGAAAAACAUGCCAAUUGGCUCAGUAACUACAAACGACUUAGAAUAUACCGUCAAAGUGAAAAGAAAAACAGAUGAAGCUGAUAAUGAGUACUUGAACAAUGAUACUGACGAUUUACAGUCUACCACCUCUCAAAAAAGUGUAACUGUAGCUGCCGAGGCCGGUGCCACAGAAAUUGCGACCGAGGAAAACACGGAACAUCCCGAAGGGAUAGUUAAGAUCGUUAUUAAUGGGACAAUCAAUUGUACUGCAGAACUGUCAUCUACGUCUCUACCCUUAAGUAUUGGUCUUAACGAUACAGAUAGAAACCAAGCAAAAAUAUUACCGCGAAUACCAAUAGUGAACGGAAUAGAAGCUCAAGCAUAUGCACCAAACGAUAUCAUCACGGAUCGUUCAGUUCUUGAUGAGUUUGAUGAAAAUGAUACGUUUACCAUAAACGUUACUAGUUCUCUAAAUGGAAAUAGGAAAUCUACUGUCAGACCUGAAAGAAUCAAUGCUGCUAAAAAACCUAUUCCUGUUGCCCUGACCGAUACACUAAAUAAUUCUAAAAAGGCAGAAGAUUACGAUUACGAUUACAAUGAACCAACACUACCACCAUCAUUGCCUAACCUGAAAAUUAUUCCCUUUGUAGCGGCUGAUGCAGUCGUCGAUGAUGAGUUAUCUAAAGACGUUCACGAAUACCCAAGUCUCGACCGUGAAGACAAAUACCCUGUUUACUAUCCAGCUAAACCCAAGGUGUCUUCUCUGAAAAGAGAUGAGACUUAUGAUCCUACCCAGUAUCCUGUUUUUGUAUCAGAUAAAGAUUAUGAUUUAGAUCUACCCGGCGAUAGUUAUAACUCAAAAAAUAAGAAUGAAGAAACUGAAGUUACUAAAGCACCAAGUUCUAAACUGGAAACUCCAGCUUUUAAUUUAUUCUCACCGCCGAUUGAAACUGAAGGUGGUUUCAUACCAAAAGGUCCUGGUAUCAAUGACGAGUACUUUACUGUUUACACACCAAGUACACCAUCGGCAGUAGCAGUGCCUCAUCUCACUACUUCAAUGCAGUUAGACAUUCCUAAAGGCGACUGUGUAACCGAAGACGGAAAACAUAUACCUGAAGGUGGAAAUAUAACCAUGGACUGUAACGAGUGUGUUUGUGAGUGGGGACGACUGAGAUGCGCACCAACUCUUUGUCGAGCCCCACGAGGAUGCCAUUUCAAAGAACCUGACCCUGACUCUGUGAACCAGUGUUGUGGGGACCUCAUUUGCAAGAAAGAAAACAAAACUACUACUGCACUGCCAGCUCCGGGAAGUACUAAAGUUGAAAAUACAAACGUAGAAAUUGCUGUAAAGGGUGAAAAAAGUGACAUUUUAAAUCAACCUUCACAAUUGAAUAAUACAACAUCACAAAACAAUUCGUUAUCUACGCCUAUUAAUACCGCUAAAAAGCAAACUUUUGAUAAGACAACUGAAAAACCUAACAAAACUUCCCCAACAAGAACUACAUCUCUCAUUGGUAACCAUACCACCAUAACACUAAGUACCAAUGGAUCUGCACUAAAUACAACAGUGAGUCCAGAGACAACUCAUGUUACAAAAAUGUCGACGAUAAUUCCUCCUACAAAUACUCAAGAAACAAAUGAUACUUCAUCAGAAUAUGAAGAUGAUGAAGAUAUGGGAUUUUCUUUUGGCAGCGUCCUUAAACUUCUACUGAGUGAAAACUAUGAAUCAACCACCUCUGCUCCAUAUAAAAAACCUACAUCUACAAAAGCCCCAGUAAAAUCUUCUCCACCACCUAUCACUUCAACUAAGAAACCACCUUCCACUGUAAACCCAUUCAUCCCUCUUCCAUCAUUACCAUUUAAUCCUCCAAAAAUAGUACCAUCCACCAUUAGCAGGAUAGACCAUUUAGUCCUCGGAGAAGCAACAGCUAUCAAAAGGACCACUCUUCGACCCAUCACGAAUAAAACUACGAAAAAACCUACAGAGAGAACAACAGAAAAACCUAAGAUAGACAUAUUUACACCAGGACUGAAGCCCCCUAGCCUUAGUGGAUCCACGGGACCUACUUCACAAGGUGUUGGGGCUGGCUUGUUAAAGCUAGCUGGUUGUAAUAUCUAUGGUAGGAUAUACAGGGUCGGAAGAAUUAUUGCAGAGCUAUCUACGCCUUGUUUAGAAUGUUGGUGUGUUGAGAUAGGAGUGGAGUGUAAGAAACUUGAAUGUUGA